AUGAGCGAAAAUAUAAAGGUUGUAGUUCGAUGUCGUCCCAUGAACCAAAUGGAAAAUGAAAGUAAAUGUGAGAACAUUGUUGAAAUUAAUGAAUACGCUGUUUCCGUCAUAAAUCCUUUGGCUCGCCACAUUCCCAAAAAAAUGUUUAUUUUUGAUAGUGCUUAUAAUAUGAUAACAAAUACUGAUGAGAUUUAUAACGAAAUGUGCUAUUCAUUAGUAGAGAGUACUAUCGACGGAUAUAACGGAACUAUUUUUGCGUACGGCCAGACAGGCUGUGGAAAAACACACACAAUGCAGGGCGACGGAAAUUGGAGCAAUAGCAAGAACAGUGGAAUAAUUCCUAAAUGUUUCGAACACAUAUUUGAGAGAAUAUCAAUGGCAACAGAUGUUAGAUUUUUGGCAUUUGUAAGCUAUUUAGAAAUAUACAAUGAAAAUAUUCGAGACCUGCUAAAUACAAAUGAAAGUACUAGCAUGCUAAAUCAUUCUCUCAAAGAAAUACCAGGCAUUGGUGUCUCAGUACCAACGUUGACUACGCAUUCCGUUAUAAAUGCAAAGCAAUGUUACGACUGGUUAAACUUGGGAAACAAAAACCGCGUUACUGCAGCUACUUUAAUGAAUAAAAAAAGCUCCCGCUCCCACACUAUAUUUACUAUCACUUUGGAACAAUCUCCAUUUUUCACUAGUAUUGUAGCGGAGAAUGACUUAGGAGGAAUACGUCGAGGAAAAUUAAGCUUAGUUGACCUAGCAGGUUCAGAAAGACAGCUUAAGACAGGCGCUCGAGGAGAACGGCUUAAAGAAGCGUCUAAAAUUAAUUUAUCACUUUCUGCAUUGGGAAACGUUAUUUCUUCAUUGGUUGACGGUAAAUCAAAGCAUGUACCAUUUAGAGACUCAAAACUUACACGAAUGCUUCAGGAUUCCCUUGGAGGAAAUACAAAAACCCUUAUGAUAUCUUGUAUUUCGCCAUCGAACACAAAUUAUGACGAAACUAUAUCUACACUCCGUUAUGCAAGUAGAGCAAAGAAGAUUUCUAAUAAACCUAAAAUAAAUGAAGAUCCAAAAGAUGCGACGCUACGCCAGUACCAAAAUGAAAUAUUACAUUUAAAAAGAAUGCUUGAAGAGACUCAACAAAAAAAUCUGGUUGAAAAGGAUGAAAAAAUGAAAUCAACCGAGUUACCCAUGGUAAAUAUAGAUAUUCAAACCAUCAAAUCAAAAAAAAAUAUUGAAACAAUUGAAUCCGAAAAAGAUGCAGGAAUAUCUCUAAAAACAAUUAACUCAAUAUUAACAAAGCCAAUGCUACCAGAUGUAAAGUCGAAUGAAGAUGUACAACUGCAGGCACGAAGACGCAUAGACUUUAUUAAACGUAUUUUAAUUGGCGGUGAGCGUGUUGAUGAUUUGAAGCUUAAGGAACAGCACAAGGCCCGUAGAUUUGCAGCACAACAACACUUAAGUGCUAUAGCCUAUGCCCUAAGCAGAGUCAAAUAUGAGGACCGCGACCUUUUGCAGGGACAUUAUGCUUCUAUUGCACAAGAAAUAAAUAUAAAAAAUGAUCAUAUUGCAAAGUGCAAAAACAAAAUUAAAAUGCUUGAAAUGGAAGUUUCUGAUUUAAAUUCAGAGUUUCAGAUGGAUAGAGAGGAUUAUUUGGACGAAAUUCGAAAUCUUGGACGUAAUAUAAAGUUUUAUCAACAAUUGCUUUAUAAAUUUCAGCCAAUUUUUCGAAAUCAUAGCAAAAACUGGACACCGGAUACUAUUAUGCAAAACUCUUCAUGGAAUGAUGACCUUAAAAUGUGGAGAAUCCCAGAGAUCGACUCAUUAAAACUUCCCCCGGCUUCUGUAAAAUCAGGACUUAAUCGAAUUCAUAGUUCAGUGAUCGAUAGUACUAACUAUAAACUUAUAAACCAAAACAUUCGUCUUGAUGCUAAGGAAACUGAAAAAAAAUUUGUGCCGGGAAACGCCAUUGGCGUUCGACAUGGUUAUACAUAG